AUGAGCAAUAACGGAAAUCCGUUCCAACAGACCGGCGAUGGGGGAGGCGGCGCGUGGGGCGGGUCGAACGCCGGGGGCGGGUCUUUGCAAGAAACGACGACGACGACGACGGUACACAUCGACGACGACGACGAAGAUUCCACGGAGUUUUCCAAUCCGUUUGCACCACCACCAUCAGGAGGAGGAGGAGGAGGAGGAUCGAGCAGCACGGCGCCGUCACCACCGGCAGUAAAAAGCAGUUAUAAGAACAGUAAGAAAGCGGCAACGGACGUGUACGAAGCGCCGACAGGGGCGGUCGCGAGAGAUUCUGGGAUGGACACGUUUGGCGCGUACGGCGGCGCCUACGAUAACGCCGCCACGACGAAUCCGCAACAACAACAACAACAACAACAACAACAAGAGAAAAGAGGUGGGGGUGGAUUGUUUGGAGGUGGGUUUGGGUUUGGCGCGUUUGGUAGUAGCAGCGGUGGCGGCGUUGGAGGAGGAGGAGAUAAGUCUUUAGCCCAGCAAAGGAAAGAACUCGAAAAGCGCGAGGGGGAUAUCGCGCGACGCGAACGCGAGCUCGCCGCGAGAGAAGCCGCCAUGCGCGCUAACGGUGGCAGUGGAGGGCAACAAGUCAACAACUGGCCGUUUAAAUUCUGGGCGAUCGCGUACCACAACAUCGACGCGGAAAUUCCUUCCCAACACCAAAGAGCCGUGCGGAUGUGUUACUACUCUUACCUCUGCUUAGUUUUGGCGUUAUUCAUGAACCUCUGCGCCGUCACCGGCGCGUUCUUCGUCGACGGCAGAGUCGUCUCUUGGUUAGUCGCCAUCAUCUACUUUCUCGCCGGCGUCCCCGGCGCGUACUUCAUCUGGUACCGUCGCCUGUACAUGGCGGCGAAAAACGACUCGGGUUUGAAAUUCGGCUGGUUCUUCCUCAUGUACCUCGGCCACUUGGCCUUCAUGGUCUACGCGUGCAUCUCCCCACCCGGUGGCGCCGGCGACCAGUGGUCCUUAGCUGGAAUGAUGGUCAUCAAAUCCGCUCUGAACAAAGAUAAAGUUUUAGGCGCGUUUUACGCCGUCGCGUUUUGUUUGUUCGCUUUAGACGCCGUUCUCUCGGUCGUCUCCAUGCGGCUCGUCUGGACGAGCUUCCGAGCUGGUGGGCACAACGCCAGCACGGUAGGGGCGCAAAUGGGCGCACAAGCCGCCAGUGGUGCCGCAGGCCGGUCCGCAUUGCGCUCGGUCGUUUGA